UCAGUUUUUCAUUUGACUGAAAAACUGAAAUGAAGGUCACCUUCAAAUGUUCCUCCAAAGAGUUAAUAUUAGCUACGCUUCCAAGCAUGACCGCGCCAUCAUAUUUAUGCAAAUACCUUAACAGAGGUCAGUCACAACCCAGAUACACACCUAGCCACACCACACACACUUCUGCUUACAACUUUACUGAUAGAACUCAGCACCUCCAAGCAGAAGGGCAACAUGAAGAGCUUUGAUAAGUCACUGGAGAUAGAAACAGAGGAGGAAGGUAAUGUCCAGAAGCAAGAAAAUAACUCAGAAGCAUCCCAUAAUAAAACCCCACUUCUGCUGGACUCAUGGAAGCCAUACAAGGGAACCCGGGCAAAUGUCAAAGAAUGGCUGUUAAAGCUGAGAGACUGUUUGGAAAGCGUCUGUGGGAUUCAGUGGUAUGGAUUCGCCACUUUGGGGAUUUUGACAGCCGUCCUAAGUUUCCUCAUGGACUUCAGUGUGGCAAAGCUGCAGCAAGCUCAUCUGUGGCUUUAUGCGAAGCUGGAAGGCCACAUUCUGCUGCAGUUCCUCUGCUGGACACUAUACCCAGCAUGCAUUUGUGCUUUCGCCUCAUCUUUCUCCCAUAACAUCUGUCCCUUCUCCACAGGCUCCGGUAUACCAGAAGUGAGAACCAUGCUGACCGGCAUUGAACUGCCUCAUUACUUGUCUCUCACUAAUGUGUUCACCAAGUUUCUGGGUCUUAUCUGCACACUGGCUGCAGGCAGCACCGUUUUCCUUGGCAAAGUUGGUCCAUUUGUGCAUCUUUCCACCAUGAUAGGAGCCUAUUUGGACAGGCUUUGCAGACUCAUUCAAGGCAAAAAGAAGGAUGCAGGAACAGAGAUGAUGGUUGUAGCUGCUGCGGUUGGAGUAUCAAGCUGCUUUGGAGCGCCUGUCAGUGGUGUGCUGUUCGGCGUGGAGGUGAUGAGCUCUCACUUUACCGUGAGGCAUUACUGCCCGUGUUUCUUUUCGGCUGCCUGCGGGGCUCUGACCUUUCACCUGCUGUCGAUGUGGAGCAGAGAUGGAGAGACUCUUCAGGCGUUGUUCAAAACCAAUUUCCCCACCGCUUCACCUUUCUUCCCACUUGAGAUCCUGCUGUUUGCUUUACUGGGGCUGCUGUGCGGGGCCGGGACCCGCUGCUACCUCUUCUGCCACCGCUGGAUCCUGAAGUUCACCAAAACGAAUCGGGUCUUCCUUACGAUGCUGACAACAGAGAAGGGUCUGUACUCUGGUCUUGUUGUUUUCUUUCUGGCAUCGCUGACGUUUCCCUACUCUGCAGGUCAAUACCUGGCCUCUAAGUGCACCACAAAGCAGCUCCUCUCUUCCCUCCUGGAAAGCAGACAAUGGUCCCACAAUGCAUCUGUGCGACUGGAGCUGGACUCACUGGAAUGGAGCUCGUCGGGCGCCCCCAUUUUCCUGUCCUUGGCUUUCUUUCUGCUCAUGAAGAUGUGGAUGUUGGUCCUGGCCUGCACGCUGCCUCUGCCAGCAGGAUACUUCAUGCCUGUGUUUGCCUAUGGUGCAGCUAUGGGUCGUCUGUUUGGUGAGGCCGUUGCCUACGUUACCACUGGGAGAGAUGUUCUAGGACAACAGUGGACAUCUGUAAAUCCUGGAGGCUAUGCUCUUGCAGGUGCAGCUGCCUUCUCUGGUGCUGCCACCCACACUCUGUCCCCGGCUCUGCUGGCCGUGGAGCUAACUGGGCAGGUCACCCACGCUGUGCCUGUCCUCCUGUCCACUCUGGUGGCCAACGCCGUGGCACGCUCCAGGAACUGCCCGUCUUUCUACGAUGGCCUUUCUAUCAGUAAGAAGCUCCCACACCUGCCCUCGCUGAAGAAGGCGUGUCCACAGCUUCCGUCCACACCACUGGGGAAGGUCAUGGGGGUGAAAUCAGUGCAGCUUCAGAAAGCAGCUGGGCCAGCAGAGGUUCAGUCUGCUGUCAGCAACAGCAGUGAAGCACAAAUCCCCGUGGUGGACUCACACGAGUCGCAGGUGUUUCUGGGCUCCGUUCUGCGGUCGGACCUGCUGCUGUUCCUGCAUCGCUGUCAAACUCAGCGCAUUGAGGGACGACUGGACGAGAUGUGCAGCAUACGUCCAAACUCGGUCGUGGUGUCGCCUCACAACACAGUGCAGGAGGCCUACAACAUGCUGAGCGUUGUUCCAGCUCAGACCGUUUUUGUGGCUGACAGAGGAAAGCUGGUGGGACAGAUCACAAUGUCAGAGAUGAAACUAAUUUUGGAAGGCUUGGCCAAGGACAUCUAAGCAGCGUCAACAUGGGAUCGGCACUUCCUGUCAUCAAAUUUAACCCGACAUGAAUAGCAUCUCUCUCUGAUUAGCAUGCGACAAAGCCCACAUCCGAUAAUGCUAUCACUCCUUCAUUCCCCAAGUGUAAUGAUGUUUGCACAACCACAAAACUGUAAUUAACUGUCGACUCCGAUGGUAAAUAUUCAUUAAAGCUUUUUUUUUUUUGCCUUUUAAUUGUAAUCAGCGGUGAUGGGUCCAGAAAAGAGAGAGCGCACAACGUCAUCAUUCACUGAUCUGUGCUUUUUGACAUGGUAAUGAGAUAAAUACUACUAAUAUUCUGCAGAUGUGAACACAAAGGCUGUUUUAGUAGCUCAUACACCAGUUGCCACAAUGAAAUCUGUGCUAUGUUUUCUUCUGAUAACCAAGUCUCACUCAGUGUUGGCUGUUGAGCUACACGUUUGUGUGAUGGAGAAGCGCAUAACAGAGAAUUUCUUUUAUAAAGUCUAUUAUAUAUAUUCUUUUUCACAAUUAUUUGCUAUUUAUGUUGAUAUCCUGCAUAAAAUCCCAAUGAAAUACACCAAAGGACUUGGUUGUAACAUGACAGAGUGGUGUGAAUGUGCUGUGCUGUGGACUGUUCCUCUGUUUAAGCUGGCUUUGAGGGCGCAGAGACCUCAUAUUAAUUUACAGAUGUUUCAGCUUGUGAGGUGAUAUCUUGUCGUGGUGUCAGAUUUGCCUUCACCAUAAGAUGAGCUUUUCCAACUUUGAACCGAUCCAGCGACAUUCACGGUGUCUCGCAGAUGAUUCUGUAGAAAAUCUUGAAAACCCUCAAGAUGCCUGGAAAAGUUGUUGAUCAAAACUAUUUUAAAGAUUUCAAUAAACUUUCUCAUCUGAAUUAAAAAGAAAAAAUGCUAAAGAUGGUUUAAAGCUUUUUCCACAAUGUUUUCCUAAAAUAUUUUUAUGCACAUAUUUCCUUUGCCUCUCAGUGUCAUGUCUGCUGCCUAAAUAACCCCACAUGCUAUGUUGCAGAGGGGAAAUAGACCGUCAUUACUUCUGUGCUUUGCUGAAGGGCUGCGAUGAGUCACUGGAAAUCAUUUGUUCAAGUGCAUCUACUGUCUGAUCUCCUCAAACAGCAGGGGGGAAGCAGCCACGAUGCGCAGCACAGCGUCAUGUUGUAAAGACGUCCCUCGAAAGAUUACGAUGACAGGUCGCACCAACCGCUCCUUUCAACGUCCCCCUCACUUUUUUUUCCCCCUAAUCUCUCUCUGUAACACGCAGAGUUGCUGACGUACGUACAGAAACACACACCAAUGACGUGUGAGCGGCUCCUUUCCUCCCUCGCUGUAUUUCCUAAACCUUGCCGUUUCUCCUCGCUGCACCUGGGGCUUUCAGACAGAAAAGUGUGAAUUAAAGCUAAUCAUGUUUCUGACUCAGAUAAUUGGAUGGAGGACAUUUUUCUCAGUUGAGAAAUCUUAGAGGACAGAUUUUUCUUUUUUUUUUCUUUUAUUCUCACUUGGUCAAGGUCAGCUCUUUAGUCCUUCAAUAUGAGGACUGAACUCAUUGUUCUCCCUCCUCUGCUAUAUUAUCUUCUUGCUUUCAUUAACACCGAAAAUAAUCCUACAUAAGUUCCUCUGUUUUUUGUGCAUCUCUCCUCUUGUCUUUUCUGAGUUCUGGUUCUGCUAGAGGUUCCUUCCUGUUAGAGGGGAAUUUUCCUCUCCAUUGUUGCUCAGUGUGAGGGAUUGCUGUGAAGUCAAUGACUCGAUGCAAUUCGUUGGAUUUUCUUAGAUACUGUAAUUUUUGAUAACUAGGAUUGGAACCUGUGUGUGAUUAAAGUGAUUAUUUUUUAAUUUAGUUGUAGUGACAUUUGUGAA